UUACCAGUCUAUGUUUCAGCAGUCGCGCGGCGAUUUUCGAGGUGUGUGCGUGCGCGCGUAAUUUGUUCAAUUACUCAGAAAGUAACGAAUAUAGUACCCGAAAAUGCAGCGUUCCGUUCAACAAGCAAAUGGAGAUGGUGUUCUUGCAUCACCGAGGAAAAAGCAACGUGUGUCGAUAACUAACACAGCCAAAGUUACUGUUGUUCUUGGAGCACAAUGGGGCGACGAAGGUAAAGGCAAGGUCGUCGAUAUGCUUGCUAUGGAUGCUGACGUCGUCUGCAGGUGUCAGGGAGGAAGCAAUGCCGGACAUACAGUAGUAGUAGACGGUGCGGAGUUCCACUUCCAUCUUCUACCCAGUGGAAUAAUCAAUCCUAGAUGCACUUCGCUUAUAGGAAAUGGAGUAGUAAUACACUUACCGGGUCUUUUUGAGGAAUUAGAAAGCAAUGAAGCGAAAGGUUUAAAAAAUUGGCAGGAACGAUUGAUAAUUUCUGAUCGCGCACACAUAGUAUUUGAUUUUCAUCAGCAAGUCGAUGGCCUCCAAGAAUUAGAAAAAGGUACGCAGUCCCUGGGUACUACUAAAAAAGGAAUUGGUCCAACAUACUCAAGCAAAGCUGCUAGAAAUGGACUUAGAAUCGGUGAUCUUCUCGGUGACUUCGACAAAUUCUCCCAAAAGUUUGAUGCGUUGAUUACUUCGUAUCAAAAAAUGUUUCCAGCACUUCAGGUCGACGUGAAAGCAGAGCUUCAGCGGUAUAAAGAUUAUGCAGAAAGAAUAAGACCACUAGUGAAAGAAACAGUUCAGUAUUUACAUCAAGCAUUACGCGAAGGAAAAAAAGUAUUAGUAGAAGGUGCAAAUGCUGCGAUGUUAGAUAUAGACUUUGGUACAUAUCCCUAUGUUACGAGUUCUAACUGCAGUAUAGGUGGUGUUUGUACCGGUCUUGGAUUAUCGCCGUCUUAUAUCGGAGAAGUUGUCGGUGUUGUUAAAGCGUAUACCACAAGAGUUGGUGAUGGUCCAUUUCCUACUGAACUUUUGAAUGCUACAGGCGAGCUUUUACAAAAAAGAGGACACGAAUUUGGUGUUACGACAAAUAGGAAAAGACGUUGUGGUUGGCUAGAUUUAACUCUUCUUAAAUUCACCGCCUUGGUUAAUGGAUAUACGUCAAUAUGUCUUACAAAAUUAGAUAUUCUAGAUACGCUUCCAAAAAUUCAAGUCGGUGUAGGUUAUCGAUUAAAUGGAAAAGAAAUUGACUAUUUUCCAAGUAGCACCUCUGAUUUAGCAAAAGUAGAAGUAAUUUACGAGACUCUCGAUGGUUGGGAGUCAGAGACAGAGGGUGUACGUUCCUUGGAAAAGCUACCUCCUAAUGCAAAAAAAUAUAUACAAUUAAUAGAAGAACAUCUUGGCGUGCCAGUUAAAUGGAUUGGAGUGGGAGCAGGCCGAGAAAGUGUAAUUACACUUUGACGUUACACAUAUUGGUUACAACCAUGGAAAUAUAUUUAUUUGUGUAGGAUCAGUGGAUUGGGCGAAUGAACGUGUGAAGUCUUCAUUAAAUAAAAUGGAUAUACUUAACAUUUCUUUACAAUCAUGACGCUUAACACAACGCAAAGGCUUUAAUACAACACAGUGACGACAUGAAUUUUUCGACAAUGCAUGAGCGAUUCUCUCGCUUUGUAAUCAGACCACAUUCAUAGUGACAUCAUACAUACAACACAUAUUUUCAUCGCGUAUAGCCUCUGCAUGAUCCCAUACAUGUCUCGUGUACAUUUUAGGAAUUACUCUUUACUUGCGAUCGACGCUCUGGUCUAAUGCAGUAUCUUCAUUCAAUAUCUUUCACUUGGCCUUCAAUCACCCACCAUCCGCUCCAUUUGCAGAUACUAUCGAAUCCCACCUAUAUAUGUCAUACCCUAUAUUUAACCAUUUUGCCCUACCUUUAGGUUAAACAUUUUUACUUGUAUUAUGAUUCUCAUACUUAAUGUAUGGUUUCGUAUGAUCCUCUAUCAUCAAAACGUUGAGAACUUGAUUUCCUAUCUUACAUAUAAUAAGUUUAUUGUUUCGUAAUUUGUUGGUUAGUACAUACGUAUCUAAAAAUUUCGGACUGGAUUUUUCUUUUUGUUGCACCUAAGACAUCGAAUUUAUAUGGCUUAUGUUUUUCCCCUUUAUAUUCUAAAUUUUCUUAUUUUAUUCGUAUAUCUCUAAAAUUAUUUCCUCCUCGGGUGUUUCCAAUUCAUCAUGACUUUCUUGAUAUAUUUUAUCUUAAUCUUCUACAAUCAGAUCUUGUAACAAUGUAUCUUACAUUUGUGAUUUGAUACAAUGUAUCAAACAUUUUGCGAAUAGCGUGACUUCUGGUAUAUCUAUUUGGCGUAAAAUUGAAUCUUUGUGCCAAACUUAGAUAUUUAUACCACUGUUCAGGAUUAUUAAUGUAAUAAGUAAGAGUAUUACCAUUUUGUGUACUUACGCUAUGCGGCCGUUACUUUGAAGCACUCCCGUAGCUAUUGUUAAAAAAUUUAUCAAAAAGCAUCGGAGAUGAAAGCAGUAAUUUUAUCGGGUUUAAUUCGCGCGCUUUAAAUAAAUUAUAACCGAAUUAGUCGAUUGAGUUAGAACUAGACAAAAAUGAACGUGUCAGUCGUGGACAAAAAAUAUCGGUACUUUCUCUUUGUUGAAGGCAAACCACCCUCCUCUAUAUAUUUUAAAAACUUAAUACGUUUCAGUAAGAAACAAUAUCUUUGUGUCAAUUAAUUACUAAAUCAUGCUGCAAUAUCUAAUAUUGUUUCUUUUCACGAAGUCUAUUUUUCGACGUAUAUUGUAUUCUAUAUUUACACAAUCACCCUCAUGUUCUACUGCAUCUUCAAUGGAGCUAACUAAUUAGACCCUAAUGAGUCCUUAAUCUUUUUAAAUCAAUGAAUUGGAACGUGUGAAGUCUUCAAUAAGUAAAAUGAAUAUCUUUAAUACUCUUUAUAAUCAAGGCGCAGCUUAACAUAACGCAACGACUUCAAUAUAACACAGUAAUAGAAUGCCUCUCUCGCUUCCUAAUUCACAUUUUUGAAGACAUUACACAUUCUUACCAUAUCAGCGAAAUCUCUACUUACGUAGUCACGUGCAUUCUAUGAAUCUUCAUUCACAAUCGAUAUUCUAAAUUGAAUAUUCGACAUCUUCACGACAUUCACUCUACACCCACAGGUCAUAUCAAAACCCAUUCGCAGCUAUCACAUCCUACAUUUGUCCAUCCGGUUUGUUAUUUUUAACGAUAAAUUUAAUUUUUCGAAGCAGUUGAUGAAACAAGCGCACAGAGAAUAAACAAAGAAAUUUAUAGCAUUGAGCUUUUGAAUUUUAGUAGUACAUAACGUUGAUAGAAGAGAACAAAAAUGUCAUCUUUUCGAGUUCCUUCUUAUUGGAUAAUUCAUGUUAAUUCAUGGUAUCCAUUGUUUGAAUGUAAAAUAAAAAAUGUUAAUAAAAAUGUAUUUAUUUGAAAAUUAA